AUGUUAGGCUCACAAUCAUUGAGUUUUCUUCUGAAUCGGGCAACAAAAUCAUUCCGUUCAAGUAAUCGCCAUGAAGUGACACUUGGAAAUAAUGACCAUCAAAAAAAGGCAUUAUCCCAUUAUGCAUUCUGGAACCAGCAAAAACAAACGUUACUUCGAUCUCUAGAUACCUUGUCCAUAUCGAAUUUGCAUGGCCAACGUUGCACCAAGACUAAUUAUUUCGUUAUUGUGGUAGAUUGUGGUGGAUGCGAUUGCUCGGCAUUCAUCCAUAAGUUGCUCAAAUCGACCGGUAGUAGCAUGACGACGGAUCGUCAAACCAACGUGAUAUCGUUCCGGAUCGGCAGUUUAGUAAAACACAUGACUUUGGCUGAAGUGAACUUUGAAAAACAUGAUCUUUGGUCUACUUUGGAUUUUGAUGGAUGUAUUCUGCUUUAUUCAACGAGAAACUCAAAUUCAUAUAAAUAUGCAAUGAAAAAACUUUCGCAGUUGAGAGAUCUGAUGGAGAAAUGUUUACUUUGGUUGAUUGGUAUCGCUUCUGAUCCAGCUUCGCCAUCAACUAUACCAAGGAUUACAUCAUAUGAACAAGCUAAAGCUGACUCCUUAAAAAUGAAUGCACGGUACUGGGAAGUGAUACCGGACGGGAAAACACCGAGGAGUCCGUUAGUGUAUCAUAAGAUCGUUACGGAACUCAUAUCUCUAAUCGAUAAUUCAAACAUUGACGCAUUUCCUCCGGAUAAAAUCAUUUUUGAAUUCAAUAAAGAAUCCCAAGCUAUACGGAAGGUAUCGAAAAGUUGUGAAUAUAUUUCAUUCACAUAA